AUGCCGCUAGUGGUGUUUUGUGGGCUGCCGUACAGCGGCAAGAGCCGGCGCGUGAAGGAGUUGCGUGGAUCGCUGGAGGCUGAGGGCCGAGCGGUGUACGUAGUGGACGACUCGGCGGUGUUAGGUGUGGAGGACGCAACCGUGUAUGGGGACUCGGCCCGUGAGAAGGCGUUACGCGGAGCGCUGCGAGCCGCCGUGGAGCGGCGCCUGAGUCGCCAAAACGUGGUCAUCCUCGAUUCUCUUAAUUACAUCAAGGGUUUCCGGUACGAGCUCUACUGCGUGGCCCGGGCGGCACGCACCCCUCUCUGUGUGGUGUACUGCGUGCGGCCCUCCGGUCCGAUCGGGGGAUCUGAAGUGGCGAGUUCAGAGGAGGACGGCGGCUGGAACGUCUACGUGAGUUGGCGGCCGCGUACUGAGCAGGGCGAGAGAUCGCAGGUGCCAGGCAGCAAUAUCGUCAGACAACCUCAAGCAGUGAGGUCUGAACUAAAUGGGAGACCUCAGGCCGAGGUACCUAAGGAACUGGAGGCGGAGGGAACCACGGAAUCAAAUUCUCAAGCUCUUGUAACUCCAGAAUCUGAGAAAUCUAUUAAACAUGUGUUCAGUGCCUUUUAUCCUCCCGAACUUCUCGAGGCCCUAGCGCAGCGUUUCGAGGCUCCCGACUCCAGGAACCGCUGGGACCGGCCCCUGUUCACCUUAGUGGGCUUAGAGGAACCAUUGCCUCUGGCAGAGAUUCGAGCUGCCUUGUUUGAGAACCGGGCCCCUCCACCCCAUCAAGCCACGCAGUCCCAGCCCCUUGCUUCUGGCAACUUUCUGCAUCAUUUAGACCAGAUCACUAGCCAGGUGUUGCGAGGGUUGAUGGAAGCACAGAAGAGCGCUGUCCCUGGGGAUUUGCUGACGCUUCCUGGCACCACGGAGCGCCUGCGGUUUACCAGGCCCUUUACCAUGGCAGAACUGAGCCGACUGCGACGCCAGUUUAUUUCCUACACCAAAAUGCACCCCAACAAUGAGAACCUCCCUCAACUAGCUAACAUGUUCUUGCAAUAUCUCAGCCAGAGCUUGCACUCACAGAGGGUGUAG